AUGUCUGGCUUCGACCUCAACCAGCUCGGCAACAUGGCCCAGGGCUUCCUGAACAACAACAACAACCAGAACCAGCAGCAGGGCGACAACAACAACAACCAGCAGCAGCAGCACCAGGGCGGCAACGGCGGCUUCGACGUGGGCCAGCUCGCCGGUCUUGCGCAGAACUUCAGCUCGGGCAACCACGACAGCUCGCUGUUCUCGCAGGCGGCGUCGUUCCUGCAGAACCAGGGCGGCAACCACAACGUGGACGAGCAGAGGCUCAUGCAGGACCACGAGGACGUCAACAACAACCCUGGCUCCAACUCGGCCGGUCAGAUCGGCAACGCCGCCGUUCUGUCCGCCAUCAAGUCUGUACUCGGCGGUGGCGGCAACAACAACAACAGCGGUGGUGGUUUCCAGCAGAAGCUGGUGAGCGCUGCCAUGAGCCAUGCUGCCGACCUGUACGACAAGAAGGACGGCGAGGGCCAGGCGCAGGGCAACAAGCAGGACGCCGUGAACCAGGCGGCACAGAUGGCCAUGGGCCUCGCCAUGAAGAACCCCGCCAUGCUUGCUGGACUUGUCGGCGGCGGCAACUCGGGUGGCCUCGGCGCCCUGGCUAGCAUGCUCGGCAAGUAA